AUGCUUUCAAGCUUUCGCCGUAGGGAUAAGAGGCAUGAAGACACUGCUCUGCUACAGCAGAUUUCACUCGAUUCGGGAGAGCCCAAAUUGCGGCCAAAACGAAAAUUGGCGACAUCAGGUUCAUCCUUCAAGUUAUUGGUGGUACUUCUCACGUUAUGGAUGCUACUCAUCCACUACUUUGAACGGAUCCGGGUGAAGAACGCGGUGAAUGCGUGUCAGUGGGAAAACUGGGAGAAUUGGACCGGCAGCAAGGCUGAUGUAAGACCACACCGAGUUGUCUUACUUGCGGAUCCUCAAUUGGUGGAUGAUCACACUUACCCCAAGCUUCCGAGACUCGCCAAUUAUCUUAUCCGAAAAAUGAGCGACAAUUACCUCUACAUCAAUAACAAGUAUAUGGAGGCGUAUCUUGAUCCGGAUACCACUAUCUUUGUGGGUGACUUGUUUGAUGGUGGAAGAGAAUGGGAUGAUGAUGUAUGGAUCGAAGAGUAUAAGAGAUUCAAUGCCAUAUUUCCUCGGAAACCCAACAGAAGGACCUUCCGCUCGCUACCCGGAAAUCAUGAUAUCGGCUUCCAAAACAUCAGCUACCACAACUUGAGGCGGUUUUCCUCUUUUUUUGGUGAGCUGAACGAUGCAUUUGAGCUCGGAAAUCAUACUUUUGUUCAGUUGGACACCAUUUCAAUGUCACACGAGGAUGAACAGAUCAACCGGGACUCUUUCGCUUUUCUCGACUCGUUUGACUCUUUCAUAAACCCCCUGUUGCCUCGUAUCUUGCUUAGUCACGUACCAUUAUACCGUGAUCCUGGAGUUGAAGUGUGUGGACCAGGAAGAGAGUCCAAGAGAAAGUUUCCCUUGCAAAGAGGUUUCCAGUAUCAGACUGUGAUUGAUUAUUUUAUCACCAAGGACGUAUUGGAUAGAGUGAAUCCCACGCUCGUUUUUAGUGGAGAUGACCAUGACUACUGUGACAUUGUACAUGUGGACUACUCGGAUAACACCAAGAAGCUUGCGAGAGAAAUCUCGUGUAAAACACCAUCCAUGACUAAUGGAAUCAAGUAUCCUGCUUACCAUUUACUUUCACUUAACAAUCCAUACGAUCCGAAGCCAAAGACUGGGCUCGUCGAUCCCAACAACGAAAAAACAUACGAGACCAUGAUGUGCUACCUUCCUAACCCAUACCGCGGAGUGAAAGUCUAUGGGUUUUGUGGAACGCUGGAUCGGGAAAGCGAAGCCGCAGAUUCUUCCGCAGACUCUCCAAUCCUUGGUUCCUCCAGAUGA